AUGGUGUCGUUGCGCAACUAUAAAGUUUCUUGGGUUUUCGUUUUAUCACUAGCAGGUUCCUCGUUGAUUAGAGACUUUGUAUUUGGUCAAGAUGAUAGUUUGCUGAUUGAAAAAAGAUCAAACGAGUACACUAAUCCAGGGUCCGGUGGUCCAAACCAUUGUUAUGGAGGCGAUAAGAAUUGUUAUCCUCAGUGCUUUGAUCAUCAUGGCCAACCAAAGAAAGAUAAAUGCUGCUUUGAUAAACACAACAAGGUUUUGUAUCCAUAUCCUUGUACUACAUCUUCAUCUUCAUCUUCAUCAUCCAGUAGUACAGCAUCAUCAAGCUCCAGUGAAGUGAUGUCUUCAUCUUCUGAGGUAACUAGCUCAAGUGAAAUCAGCUCUUCUAGUCAAGUUACUAGCUCAACUGAAUGUACCAGCUCAUCAAGUGAAGUUGUUAGUUCUUCCAGUGAGGUUGUCAGUUCUUCGAGUGAAGUAAGCUCAUCAACUGAAUGUACCAGCUCAUCAAGUGAAGUUGUUAGUUCUUCCAGUGAGGUUGUCAGUUCCUCGAGUGAAGUUGUUAGUUCCUCAAGUGAGGUUGUUAGCUCUUCGAGCCAAGUCACAAGUUCAAGUGAAAUAAGCUCCUCAAGUCAAGUCACUAGCUCAACUGAAUGUACCAGCUCAUCAAGUGAAGUUGUUAGUUCGUCAAGUGAAAUUAUUAGUUCCUCUAGUCAAGCCACUAGUUCAUCAAGUGAAAUUAUUAGUUCAUCAAGCAAAAUUAGUUCCUCGAGUGAAUGCAUCAGUUCAACAAGUGAAGUCACCAGUUCAUCAAGCGAAGUAGUCAGUUCUUCAACCGAGUGCAUCAGCUCAUCAAGCAAAAUGGUAUCAUCGAGUGAAAUUACCAGUUGUUCCAGUGAAGUCGUGUCGUCUAGUGAAACUUGCAGCUCAAGUAGUGAAAUUGUCAGCAAAAGUUCAGAACAAUCUUCAUCAUCAAGUAAGUCCUGUUCAAGUGAAGAGACAAGUACAGUUUCAGAAACCUCACUGGAGACUGUUACAUGUAAACAUCAUAAAUGUUCUAAAACCAAAACUCAUCAUUCCACUCCGACUAAAUGUGUUACGAAAACAAUAGAAACAUCAGUUUACGUUACUACAUGUCCUGACAAAUCAAUUACUACUGAGACUGCUGUGGUUAUUGUGGUAACCAAUGAAUCUGCUGCGACUACUUACACUGAAAUCAUUAAAACUACUGUUGUUGAAGGUAACACAUUGACUACUAAUAUUCCAAACAAACAUAUCGAAACUGAAACAACAGAAAUAAUUGAAUAUACUACCAUUUGUCCUACAACAUUACCAAAUGGUCAAAUAACAAGUAUCACUGCUGGAAUUGCUGUUAACACAAAUGGCCAUGGACAGAAAGUUACAAAGACAAUUCCAUUUGAAUAUAAUGAGAGCACUUUAGCAAAUGGUCACGUAACAAGGGUGGCAUCAGGCAUUGUUAAAACUACUGGUGAGCAUGGCCAAGAGAUUACAAAAACAAUUCCAGUUGGCUUCAGCACAUGUACUGAAACAAUCGAAUAUAUUACUGUAUGCCCAACUACUCUUUCAAACGGUCAAGUCAUUGAAACUACUGCUGGAAUUGUCGUCACCACUAACAAGCAGGGAGAGAAGGUCACAAAGACAGUUCCACUUGAAUUCACCAGUACCAUCGAGUUUAGCCACUACAUCACUACUCAUCCUGUUAGUUUACCAAAUGGACAGGUCACUGUUACUACGGAAGGUGUGAUAAUUACAAAACAAGGAGAGCAACAAUAUACCAAGACAGUUGAAGUCGGAAACUUACCUAGCAAACCAAUUGAAGUUGUUCAAAGGAUUAGUAUUGUUCCAAAAACGUUACCAAAUAGUCAAGUUACUUCAGAGACUGUUGCUAUUGUUGUGACAGUUGGUGAAGGGUUGCAACCAAUUACAAGGACAAUUCCAAUUGGAGCUAGUAUUCAAACAACAGAACCAUCCAUGGCAACAUACAGUGAAAUUGUAUUUACAACGUGUUCUGAAGGUGAAUGCAAUACAUACACUACAAAUGUUGAAGUGAUUGGUAACAAAGUUAUUACGAAGCAAAGUGGGAAACCAAUUGUUGAGGAGCAAACUACCAAUGCUAUUGCACAUCAAUCAGAUAAAGUACAUUACACGGUUGUUUCUGGUGAAACUAAAACCAUUCAAGCACUUGGAUCGGUUCUGCCAACUUCUUCUAGUGUUACCUCAAAAGGAUCUCCUAACAAUGUUGAACCUGGUUCUUCUGUAACAACGAGUGAAGUUGGUCCAUCUACUGCUGGUGUUUUACAAGGAAACGCAGCAUCAAGACAGAGCUUCAAUUACAAGCUUAUCGUUGGUUUGCUUUUCGCUUAUAUUAUUGCUUAG